GGGGUGGGGCUGGGAAGGUAGGUGGGAUGGUGGUAGGUGAGAGCAGGUAGGGAGUUGUGGGAAUUGUCAGUGAGGUGGGAGGACUGGAAAGAUGGGCGAGAAGAUGGACAGGUUGUGUCAGGUCAAGGAGGUGGGGAUGCAAGGGAGGGCUGAUCAUGGGAUGAUACUAGGGGUGGGGAGAUUUUGAAACUAGUUAAGUCCACAUUUAGCCCAUUGGGCUGUAGGCUCUCAAGGCGGAAUAUGAGGUGCUGCUCCUCCAAGAGGUUAGUGGGGUGAUAUGUGAGGACAAGGGGAAUUCCGUCUUUGUUUUUGUUGGGGGAGGGGGAAGAGAGAUAUGUCCUCACAUAUCACCCCACUAACGUCCGUAUCCAAUAUAUCAUUCUUCGCCACGUACAAUCCGACCCCACCAGCAAAGUGAUAUUUCCCUCCCCACUCCUACCUGCCUUCCAUAGAGACUGCACUCUCCACAACUCCCUUGUCCGCUCCACAGUCCCCACUAGCCCCACCGCUCCUAGCACCUUUCCCUGCAACCGCAGUAAGUGCUACACCUGCCUCUACACCUCCCCACUUACCUCCAUUCAAAGCACCAAACAAACCCUUCACAUGAGACAGAGGUUCACCUGUACAUCCGUCAACGUGGCUUAUUGCAUCCACUGCUCCCAAUGUGGCCUCCUCUACAUCAGUGAGACCAAGCUGAGGCUCAGGGGCCGCUUUGUUGAGCACCUGUGCUCUGUUCAUGACAAACGACAACACCUUCUGGUCGCCAGCCAUGUCAACUUCCCCUCCCACUCUCUGGGCAACAUGUCCGUCCUGGGCCGCCUCCACUGCCACAAUGAUGCCACCCAGAAACUGCAGGCGCAGCACCUCAUAUUCCACAAGGAAGCCUACAGUCCAAUGGCCUAAAUGUGAGCACACCUAAUUUCUGAGCUCCCUUCCCCCUCCCCCAUUUCUGAAGAAGGGUCAUGACCCGAAACAACAACUUUCCUGCUCCUCUGGUGGUGUCUGCCCUGCUGCGGUCCUCCAGCUCCACACUGUGUUAUCUCUGCCUCCAGCAUUGGCAGUUCUUACUAUCUGUACUCUUCGUGGCUAAGAAAACAAGAAGUCUACUAGACCGGGAAAAUGUCCAAUAAAGAAGUGAAGGCCACCUUGAAAAAUGCAAGGGAAGCUAUAAGAAAUAAGGAAUUUAAAGAGGCGUUGAAACACUGCAAGGCUGUGUUGAAACAAGACAAGAAUAACUACAAUGCCUGGGUUUUUAUUGGAGUUGCUGCAGCAGAAUUGGAACAACCUGACCAGGCGAAGACUGCGUACAAAAAAGCCACAGAACUUGAUCCAGACCAGUUGCUGGCAUGGCAGGGGCUGCUAAAUCUUUGUGAGAAGAACAAUACGUCUGACAACAAGCAUGAGCUGUUGGGAAUUUAUCAGAAGCUAAUGAAAUUGUAUGAAAGUUCAGACAAACAGAAAUGGCAUGAAGUCUGCUUAAAGCUAGUUGAUCUCUACCAUCAAGAAAAGAAUUAUCUAGAGGUUGCCAAAACAUGGAGUCGAUUGAUACAGCUAAAACAAAUGGACGGAGCUAGUAAACAAGAGCUUCAUCAGAUGUGGAGGAAGAUGAUCCAGUUACUUGCAGACAAAGUAGAGAGUCAGGAUAAUGAAACCCAGCAGCUGUUGAUAACAGCUUUUGAAAAUGUCCUUUCUUCCAUGGACAAGAUUCCAAGUGAUAGCCAUCAGAAACUUUCCACCGAUUAUGUCAAAUUUCUAUCAAAGCUGCCACAUGAAGAAAAUAAGCUAAAACUAGCAUGUGAAACUUUGAUAACCCAAUAUCCUAAUUCAUCAUCUUCACUUGAACUACUUGCCAUGCAUUUUAUCCAGAAAGAAUGCUUUAGUGACGAAGCUUUACAAUGUUAUUCAAGACUUAACACAAUUGAACCAACAAAUGGGCUAGGCCUUAUUGGAGUUGGAAUCAAAGCUAUGCAAGAAAAGAAGUAUGAAGAAGCUGCAAAGAACUUAACUGAAGGAUUAAAGCAGGCACCUUCAGCAAUUACAGCAUGGCUUUACCUAGCAGAUAUCCACCUCCGGAUGCACAAGUGUGAAGCAACAAUUACCUCCUGCAGACGUGGUUUGGAGCUGUUGGAAAGCAGUGGCCAUUAUGGGAAUGCACAAAAAAAACAUAAGUUGCUUCAUUUACAAGCAGAAGCAAUGAUCAAAUCUGGUGAUGCAAAAAAUGCAGAGCAAGCCUUUGAUAUCUUGGAACAGCUUCCAGGCUCCAAUGAAACAGCAGUACUUGCUUUGAAAGGACAGGCUUAUUUGAACAAGGGUCAGAUGAAACCAGCAUCUCAGAUUGCAACAGAACUAAUGGCAUCUUAUCCUGAAGUGGCUGAAACAUGGGAACUCCAGGGCCUCCUUAAUUAUACCCAAAAGGAUUAUAUGCAAGCAGAACAAAGUUUCCAGAAAGCCCUGAAAAUGAAAGCAGACUGUGGAAUAUAUUACUACUACCUUGGACUAACUUAUUGGUUCAUGGGGGAGGUGACAAGAAAAGACAAAUCUAAAACUGCUACACAUUUGUUAAAGGCUGCCAAGUUGGAUACGUACAAUGGAAGAACAUUCUGCUACUUAGGCCACUACUAUCAUGGCAUAGUACAAGAUAAAAACAGAGCUCGUGGUUGCUACAAAAAAGCCUUUGAGCUAAAUAAUGCUGAUGAAGAAGCAGGAGCAGCUGCUGUUGAUCUCAGUGUUGAACUUGGAGAUAUGGAGACUGCUCUUGCAAUUCUGAGGACAGUAACUGAUCAGUCAAGUGCUGGAACAGCCAAAUGGGCUUGGCUUAGACGAGGACUUUACUACAUGAGAACCAACCAGAAUUCACAAGCUGUGGCAGAUUUACAAGCAGCCUUGAGAGCAGACCUAAAAGAUUCAAAUUGCUGGGAAUGCUUAGGAGAGGCAUAUCUCAGUAGAGGAGGUUACACUGCUGCUUUAAAGGCUUUCACUAAAGCCAGUGAACUGAAUCCAAACUCCGUAUACAACAUUUACAAGAUUGCAGCCAUUAAACAGAUUAUUGGCAAGUAUGCAGAAGCAGUUACAGAGUAUAAACAGAUAAUUCAGAAUUCAAAGAAAUAUGUUCCCGCCCUCAAAGGCCUAGGUGAAUGUUAUUUAAUGAUGACCCGAAAUGCCCUUGAUGAUUGUUUAGAUGGAAGGGCUUUGGAUUCAGCAGAAGAGGCACUUCAGUACUUAGCUAGAGCUGUACAGAGUCGGCCUGAUGUAUCCUGUCUGUGGAAGCUGAUAGGAGAUACAUGCACUACACUCCACGUUUUGUCACCAGCAAAAGUCAACAUUGGAGUCUCUGCCAUCCUCAUUGGACAGGAUGAAAAGAGAAAUAUGCACUACUUAGAUAAAAAUGAACUGCUUCAACUAGGAGGAAGAUGCUACGGACGGGCCCUUACAUUGAUGUCAACAUCUGCCAAUCUGUGGUGUGACCUUGGUGUGAACUACUAUCGACAGGCUCAGGCUACUGCGGAAGGGAAUAAAAUGUCCGAGUUAUUGAAAAAAGCACUACUGUGCCUCAAAAAAUCUGUGAUGUUGGACAGCCAAAAUCAUCAUCACUGGAAUGCACUUGGAGUUGUUGCAAGUUAUAAAGGUAUUGAAAAUUAUGCUCUUGCACAACAUGCCUUUAUCAAAUCUGUCCAGGUUGAACAAAAUAAUGUAGUGGCCUGGACCAACCUGGGAGCAACUUAUUUAAAGAACGAAAAUAUUGAGCUUGCCCAUGAAGCCUUUAAGGUAGCCCAGUCUCUGGAACCAUCGUAUGUUAUGUGCUGGAUUGGACAGGCACUAAUUGCUGAAGCUGUUGGCAGCUAUGAGACAAUGGAUUUGUUUAGACAUACCACAGAGCUUGGUGUUAAUAUUGAAGGAGCCAAAGGUUAUGCACACUGGGUGUGUACAACACUACAGGAUAAAUCGAACAGAAAUUCUGAAUUGUACAAGUACAACAUUGUACAAAUGAAUGCAAUAUCUGCUGCACAAGUUGUCAUGAGCAAAUAUACAGAGAGAAUUCAGACUGAUGCAACAGCUUUCACAAUGCUGGGUUAUCUAAAUGAGUAUCUAAGCCUGAAAAAACAAGCAGAAGAGGCAUAUCACAGAGCAUUUGUGCUACUCCAGAAUACUGAAGAUGAAGAAAAACUUAACUGUGCUCAGAGAAAUUGGAUGCGAGCUUUAUGUGCUGCAGGUCAGUAUGAGAAGGCCAUCCAGACUUACAAGUUGAAUCCACUUGUGGAGUUUGAUGAUAUAAUUUGUCUUGCUCUGGCUUACUUGAAGAAAGGGCUUCUUCAAGAGAGUGCCAAAGCUUAUGAAAAGGCUUUAACUAUUGCCCGUACAGAGAAAGAGAAAGCACACAUAAUGAUUGCACUUGCAAUGAUUGCCUUCAGAGAGGGUAGAAUGGACAAUGCCAAGACUUUACUCUUCAAAUGUUCCAUGCUGAAGGAGCCCAAUGUAGAAAGUCUGCAGGCUUUAUGUGCUCUGGGUCUGUUGAAGAAGGAUACCACUCUCACUACAGCAGCACUUAAUGAACUACUCAAAUGUUCAGAUAAAAUCAACUCAACCUAUGAAUCCUGCCUUCUUUCUUCAGGAAUGUUUUCUUUGCAAGCUAACAGUUUAGCUGUGCAGAGACAGGCAGCUAAAGCUGUCCAUAGCAAUCCAGCAGAUCCUGCCCUUUGGACAUUAUUAUCCAGACUUGUUCCACAACAUACUCCCCAGAUGGCAGAAGGUGGAGUAGUGGCUGGCAGUAUUGCAGAGAUUUUAAGUUCCCAUCAGACAAAGAAUGCACUUUUGUUCAGUGCUGCAAAUCAGUUGGCUGCAGGUAAACAUGCAGCAGCCAAUGAACCAAAGAAUGCUUUAAAAACUAUUCAAAAGGCCGUUCAUCUCUAUCCAGAUGAUCCUGCUGUUUGGGCUAGUUUAAUGGCAGCUUGUCACAUGGAAAAUACAUUAUCCCGUUUAGAAAACACAAAACCAAAGCAUACUGCAUUAGAGGAGAUGUUUGUCACAACAAUCACCACCAAGGUUGAAACAGAGAAGACCAUGCCAACUCCUUAUCUUCAGUCCCUGGAGAACUGGUCUCUGCAACAAGCUGCAACUGGGUUAAAAGAAGUGGGCAGGCACUCUGAAGCUGAAGUCUUCUGCACUAAAGUUCUAAAGAGGCACCCAGAGCAUCCCAUGGUGUUCCUACUGCUGAGGCAAGUUCAAUGUGAACAGCUGUUGCUUUCACAGCAGCGGCUUCCAGAUACAGUUUUAGGAGAACUGAAAAAGGCAGUGAUGUCGAACUUCACAUCAGUGACAGCUUGGCAUUGGCUGGCAGAAGUAUAUAAAUCUCAGGGUUUAAUGAUAGCAGCAGAAAUGUGUUACAGGCAAGGAUUGCAACUAUCUUCACAGCAAGGCAAUAUGAAUGGUAAACUGUCAAGUCUACUCAGAUUAGCAUUGCUCGCCCUGUCACUCAGUACGAUGAAAGUUCAAAGUAAUCGAUGGACAUCACUAGUCAAAGAAGCAACCGGUGAAGCUCAAAAGAUCUCUUUUUGUCCUCUUGCUGGUCUAUUCCAAGCACUGCUGCAAUUUGUAGUUAAAAUGGGAGCAAGGGAAACACGACGGCUGCUCGAGAGAGUGGUGUAUCAGCCAGGUUACCCGGAGAGCAUUGUAUCAGUUGGCCGUUGGUACCUCCUCCGACAUUUGUGGGCCAAAAAUGAUGAUGAACUUAUCACAGUAUUACUUCAAAAUGCCAAAAUGAAAGGAGAUUCUAGAGUUGAAGAGUUGCACAAGAAGCUUAUUGAAUCAUUUUAAUAACUAAACAAGAACAAAGAUUGAACUCAAAUGCAUGCACAAUAAAAUCUUGCAUUGUAAUUUAUAGAUGCAGCCACCAUAUUACUUAGAUUUCGGGUUGUCAAAAAGCAGUAACUGUGGCUGGCUUUUUUUUUGAAGCAAUUUGAAUACAGUACGAUUUGUUGCACUUUGGCUAUAUUGAAAAAGACUGCGAAUAUUUAGACUUGUUUUCUCUUCUGCCAUCAUAUUUCCUGCACUUUUCAUCUUAAAAGCUGAAAAUUCAAAUAUACCAUCAUGACUGGGAAGCAAGCAGAUUUCUUUAUUUCUGAUUGAAUGCCUUCAUUUUAACUUGACCAAUGACCUGUAUCAUUAUAGUAUAAAUACACCAAAACAAUCAUGUUUAAACAUUUUGUUGCAAAGUGUAAUGUAAUGUUACGAUUAAACUAUGUACUCCUAUCAUGAUUUCCUACUGAAGCCUAUAGUCAUGUUUGCAUUUUGUUGAAUUUUUUUCUUUUUUGUUUCACUAAUUCAUUUAAGACAGAAAUAUCAUUUGUGCUUUGCAUCAAAUGUAUUUAAUUUUGUCAAAUUACUAUGCAAUAGCAACCAUUUCUGUACUGAAUCUGGAGUAAUCUUCUGAAAUGCUGCUUCAAUUAAGAUUAAAAAAACUUGAUCCAUAGAAAUCCUUAAGUACUUUAAAGAUGGAUCUUAUUGGCAAAAAAAAUGUUGCAAUAUCUCUUCCCUACAGCUUUACUUCAUGUGACUGGCUCUGUGUCUAAUUCAACCAAUAAAAAUGCAGAGGACUUUG